AUGUUGGUCGAUGAACCUAAAGAAGAUGAAACAAAAACAAAUGCUGAAAAAGAUCAAGGUCGUUUAUCUCCAGAUAAUGAACAGUUGAUGAGAGAUAUUGAUGUUACUCUUGAAACUGGGGAAGCAGCUGGUGAAAAGGUAGUUGAUGAUAAAGAGAAAAGUUCAUCUGAUCCUGAAGAAAGUGAUAUUGAUGCUGAAGCUGAUCGGUGGAUCAAAGAAAAUUAUGAUCCAAGAGAAAGAUUGAUUAAAAAGAAAAGAAAGAGGAAUACAGACGAUGAUGAUGAAGCGUAUAUUCCAUCACUAGAACAUGUUCAGGAUGUUCAAACACCACCAUCAUCUGGAGAGUUAGAAGAAGAAAAAGUUCGAAGAGAUGAACAGAAUGAAUACUUCAAGCUGAAAAACAAAGAGUUAGAGGCCAACAAUGCUAAAAAAGAACAUGAAUCGUAUAUGAUGAUGAAAGUGUUGGAGAAUUUGAUUGGAAAGCCAAUUGAACAGAGGUUUGAAGAAAUAGAGCUUGAAGAAGUACGAGCUAGACAAAAAACUGAAAUCGAAGCUAAAAUGAAAAACAAAGGCAAAGGUGUUCAAAUUGAAGGUGUUGCUGAAGUAUCUGAAAUGGCAAUUGUUGUGUCUGAGCCAACAAUAGAUCCAGAAACGUCUAUUCUUGAUCCUUGUUCGAUAUCGUCAGUUUCUAGUGAGUUUGACGACGAUGAUGAAGAAGAUGAUGAGGAUAUUUUGAAAGAUGAUGCAGAAGAUGUUUAUUCUGCUUCCGGUGAUAAUGAUGAUGACGGCAAUGAUGACGAUGAUCAAGGUACUACAGGCAUAAAAGUCACUGAAACGUCAAAUGAAGAUAAGAUUGAUGAAUAUCUUCAUGAUGAUACAAACGAAGAGCCUGAGAAUGCAAGUGGUGAGGGGGAGCAUGAUGAUGCAGAGAAUGUUGAUGAAAAUGUUGAUCAUGUUACAAGAUUGAUUCUACGUCUUGAACAUGGUGUAGAGGAAGGUGAAAUUCUGCACACUGACACUUUAGCCGAGAUCAUCAAGAUGAUGCAUGUUGAUGAAAAUGAGUUUAAAUUCGAUUUUGAAGAAGAGUUAAACAAUUUUGAUAUCAACCAGCAGCCUAAAUAUCAGUAUAAGUACGUUGAAGAAGCUGAUAACUAUGAUAAAGUUAAAGUUGAAGACUGGAGUGAUGAAGAUCAGUCUGAAAGUGUUCAUGUUGAUACUUCUAGCUUUCCGACGCUUGCUGAAUUCUUCAGUCAAGCAAACGAAGAUGAAUUGCGAAGGAAAGUUGCUAAGAGUGUAAAGAAUAAAAGCUUUAGUGAAAUGUCAAAGGAUGAACAGCGAGAAGAAAGAAAGAAAUGGUUCAAGAAAGAUACUGAGAGAAAAUUCAAAAGACCGCUGAAGUACAACAAAAGAGAUAGAGAAGUUUCUCUUGGUGAUAUCAUCAGUUGGGGGUAUUUGCCAUAA